AUGUCGAAAUUUCCUUCUUAUCCGAACUACGAAGUAGUUCGGCAGCUAGGUAAAGGAGGGAUGGGUGUAGCGUACAUAGUCAGGAGCAAGGAUUCAUCAGUCACGGGAUUUCUUGCCUUGAAGCAAGUGCACUGCCAGAGCAAGCAGGAGGGGACUGGCGCCCUCAAGGAAGCAAAGAUCCUCCGCAGCCUUUCGCACGUCAACGUAGUUCGGUACCACGACGUGUUCCUACACCUUGAACGCGGGAUGCAGUUUGUCUGCACAGUGAUGGAGUUCUGCCGUUCGGGCGACCUGGCUCAGCAUCUCCUGCAAACGAAGCAGUCGGGCAGCCAGAUCGAGGAAACGAUCUGCCUCACUUGGAUGCUGCAGCUGAGCACGGCGCUAGCGUACCUGCAUGACAAGCGGGUGAUCCAUCGGGACUUGAAACCUGCCAACGUCUUCCUCCACCUCAUGUCUCGCUCGGACUUCGUACUGAAGCUUGGAGACUUCGGUCUGUCAGCGACCCUGGACGGGAGGAACAGGACGAGCCAAGUUGGGACUCCCUGCUAUCUCGCUCCCGAGGUCCUGUUCAACGAGCCGUACGCUGAGCCGAUCGACGUCUGGGGAGUGGGAUGUAUCUUCUGGGAGAUGGUGUCCCUGGAGUUCCUGUACGAGAGGAAGGGCAUGCUUGCUGCUAACGUUCACACCGAUCCCAUCACGCAGGACUCGCUUCCCCCUAAGAUCAGCGUCAACGUCAGGAAACUUGUCUCCGCCUGCCUCAACAGCUCCCCUCAGGAUCGACCGACGGCUCGAGAGCUCUGCAAGCACCUCCACAAGCUCCUCUCCGGGCAGCCUCUCCAGCUGGAGAAGAUCAAGGUGGAGCCCCUGGACUGGACGCAGCCGCUCAUGACUGGGAUCGGAGCGAUCGCAGAG